CCCCCCCCCCCCCCACCCCCAAAUUUCCACCUCCAUUUCUCUCUCUCUCUCACCUCACCGGGAGGAGGAAGCAGAGGAGAGGGCAGGAGGCGCAACAAUGGCGGCCUCCCUGUGGCUGCAGCUCCCUGCUCCACCUGCUUCUGCCGCCGUCCACAACCCCGUCUUCCUCACAGGCAACCUCAGCUCUUCACUGCUCUGCAAGAAGCAUCCACAGGCGGCCAGAGGGAGCAUUCUGUGCAGCAGCAGCAGCUCAUCCAACUCUUCUGCUUCUGUGGUGACCAAGGAGCAAGAGGCAGUUGCUGCUGCUUCCUCCUCUCAAGAGGAAGGAGUAGCAGUUUCUGAGACUGAAUUUGUCAGCUACAGGGAUGACCCCAACUUCAGGGGAUGCAGAGGGUGCGGGCGGGAGGAGGUGGAGAGGGGUUGCAACGGCGAGGGGCGGAUCCAGGGCGGCAUAGCCACCGUCCCCGGCUUCGGGUGGUGGCCUAUCAAGGCGUACCGGCCGUGCCCCGGCUUCGUCGCCUCCGGCGGCCGGUACCGGAGGCAGGGGCAGAGCAUGGACGAUGUGGCUUCCGGCAGAGGGAAGAAGGUCCCCUCCAACAACAAAAAAAAUACAAAAGCGAGAGCUGAGAGGUGAUCCAGUCCAAGAAAUUUCAAGCCUGGAAAUGUAAGCAAAUUUGUCUAUGAGGUGAUCAAGUAGGAGGCAGUGUGCAUCACCAAGGAUGGCUUCCAGAAUUAUUUCAGAUUUUUAACAUUCUCUAGGCUGGACAAGGAUGUUCAAAACUUCAACCCCAGCCUGCAAAACUCUGUAGCUGACGUAAUAUCCCAGUGCCUCAUGGCAUUCAUGGGUUGCAUAUUGCUACCAGGUGUAAUAGCGAAAUUGUAUCGAAACUUUGAAAGUACUACUAUCCUAUGAUAAGAGUAGCAAUAUCAGAUUGUUGAUUUACUGGCUUGAUUACUAUUGAGCCUUGACACUGCGACAUUAUUGGUAAUGCUGUUGCUGAAUGUAUUAUGAACAACGGCAAAAAACAUUAGACUGGUACUCCCUCCGUCCUAAAAUAAAAUCAUUUUUGGCUUCA